AUAUUUAAAUUAAAAACACAAAUUUUUGACGAACUUUGAGGCGGUCACCUGGUCUCGGCAGAGUCCACUCCUCGGCUCUUCUAGCGGCGAACUUACUCUCUGCCUUUCUCAGUCUAAUCGGGGAAAGGGGGCGGAUCGGAAAAUCUUUGAUCUCCAUGAUAGCCAUUAGCCAAUGAUCCCGUGAGAAACUCUGUUAUUGUUGUAGGCACGAGACGUUUUUCGAGUAUGGAUAUUUGUUGCCGAUCUAGGGUUUCCGCGCUAUGCCUGAUCUCCUUGCUCUUUCUAGCAUUUGGAGGUCCUUCGUAUUCUAUGGAAGGCCGCCGUCCUAAGAACGUGCAGGUCUCUCUGCGGGCUAAGUGGCCCGGAACUUCCUUGUUGUUGGAAGCCGGAGAGUUGCUUUCUAAAGAAUGGAAAGAUCUGUUCUGGGAGUUCUCUGAACUGUGGCUGCAACCAGACAGAGCUUCAAACUGUUCAACAGCUCGAUGUUGUUUAGAGAUUAUCAUGAAUGAUGGACAUUCACUUUUAAGUGAUCACUUGGGGUCAAUUUUUGAAUUUUCUCUGACUCUUCGGUCAGCAUCUCCAAGGCUGGCUCUAUACAGGCAACUCGCAGAGGAUUCAUUAUCUUCUUUUCCUGUUGAUGAUGAAGUUAACUCUAUAACAGCAGGGUCUCCUUCAGAUGAUCUAAAGGUAGAUCACUCUUACACAACAAACCCGCUGAAAUCUGGAGAGAGUUGCUGCUGGGUGGAUACUGGUAGCGUGCUAUUAUUUAAUGUUCCCGAGCUUCUUUCAUGGCUUGAUACAUCAACUGAUCUUGAUGCAGACACUCUGGAGCAGCCGGAACUUUUUGACUUUGAUCACAUAUAUUUGGGUUCACGUAUCAGCAACAAAAUUACAAUUCUAUAUGGAGCUCUAGGGAUGAAAUGCUUCCAAGAAUUUCAUGUUGUUCUUGCCGAAGCAUCAAAGAAGGGGAAAAUUAAAUAUGUUACCAGGCCUGUUUUACCUUCGUGGUGCCAAGCUACAAGCAAUAGCUAUUGCACUUUUGUUGGUGCUUCGGAUGCAGUAAACUUGGGCGGUUAUGGAGUGGAGCUUGCUUUAAAGAACAUGGAGUACAAAGCUAUGGAUGAUAGUACAAUAAAGAAAGGUGUUACUUUAGAAGAUCCAAAGACAGAGGAUCUAAGCCAAGAAAUUAGUGGAUUUAUAUUCUCAAAAAUCUUGGAACGCAGACCCGAGCUGACUGGUGAGAUUAUGUCUUUCAGAGAGUACUUAUUAUCAUCAACUAUAUCAGACACCCUUGAAGUUUGGGAGCUGAAGGAUCUGGGCCAUCAAACUGCUCAAAGAAUUGUGCAUGCAUUGGAUCCCUUGCAGUCAAUGCAAGAAAUAAACCAGAAUUUUCCAAGCAUUGUUUCCUCAUUGUCUCGAAUGAAGCUUAAUGAUUCCAUUAAGGAAGAAAUUAUCACAAACCAGAGAAUGGUUCCAGCUGGCAAGUCAUUGAUGGCUCUUAAUGGUGCUCUAAUCAAUAUUGAAGAAGUUGAUCUUUACCUGUUAAUGGAUAUGAUUCAUGAGGAGCUGUCAUUAGCUGAUCAGUUUACUAAACUUAAGCUUCCACAAAAACCAAUACAGAAAUUGUUGUCUGCCCCGCCCCCUGCUGGAUCCAAUGUCUUUCGUAUCGAUUUUCGAUCAACAUAUGUUCACUAUCUCAAUAACUUGGAGGAAGAUGCCAUGUAUAGAAGAUGGCGAAGUAAUAUAAAUGAGAUAUUGAUGCCAGUGUUCCCUGGUCAGCUCCGGUACAUUCGUAAAAAUCUAUUCCACGCUGUUUAUGCGAUUGAUCCUGCGACAACUUGCGGAGCAGAGACGAUCAGUAUGAUUUUAUCUAUGGUCCAAAAUAGUGUUCCUAUGAGAUUUGGGGUGAUACUGUAUUCUUCAAAAUUGAUAAAGCAUAUUGAAGAGAAUAAAAGCCAUCUUCCUGGAGCUGCAGAUGACAACGAGGGGGAUGACAUUUCUAGUUUGAUUAUAAGACUUUUUCUUUAUACCAAGGAGAUAUACGGCAGUCAGUUGGCUUUUCAGUUUCUUAACAAUGUGUGCAAGAUAAAAGAUGCAACAGAUAUUCUUGAUGAGGAGGCUAUUCAGGUUCAUCAGGUUGAGGAAGCAUUUGUUGAAACGGUGCUAGCUAAGGCCAAAUCUCCUCCCCAAGAUAUGCUUCUAAAAGUUGAAAAAGAACCUAAAUAUAAGGAAGAGGCUGAAGGGACCACCCAUUUUGUUUACAAGCUUGGGCUAUCUAAGCUGCGGUGCUGUUUAUUGCUAAAUGGUCUUGUACAUGAGCCCAGUGAGGAUUCCUCUAUAAGUGCUAUGAAUGAGGAGCUUCCUAGGAUUCAGGAGCAAGUUUACUAUGGUCAAAUUACCUCAAACACAGAUGUUUUAGAGAAGUUUCUCUCUGAAAAUGGUUAUCACCGCUAUAAUCCUCAGGUCAUUAAUGGCGGGAAAGAAAUAAACAAAUUUAUUUCACUUGUCAAAUCAUACAUUGCAAAGGAUUCUAUACUACAUGACAUCAGCUACUUGCAUUCUCCUGGAACUUUAGAUGAUUUAAAGCCAGUGACACAUCUUCUUGCUGUUAAUGUGACAUCAAGGAAAGGGAUAAAAUUACUCCGUGAAGGAUUACAUUACUUGAUGGCUGAGUCUAGAAAAGCCCGUGUUGGAGUACUCAUGAAUGGAGAUGGCUUGGGCUUAUCUCCUGCUCUUCUUUUAGCAGAAAUAUUUGAUAAAGCAUCAUCAAUUUUUGGUGACAAGCACAAUGUCUUGAACUUCUUGGACCAACUUUGCUCCGUCUAUGAAAGUCAAUUCAUGCAAGCACAGUCAUCUGAUACUACCAGCCUGAUUAACUUCAUAGACAAAGUUUGUGAGCUAGCUCUGGCAAAUGAGUUGCCAUCUGGUGAUCUUAGAUCCCACCUUUCAAAAUUCUCGUCGGCUACGAGAAUUAAUCAUUUGGAAAAGGUUUCUUAUUUUUUGCAUGAACAACUGGGGCUUGAAUUUGGUUCAGAUGCUAUAAUCACUAAUGGAAGGGUGUUUGCUUCUAUUAAUGGAGUUUCCUUUUCAAGUGAUGAUUUGGAGCUUCUGGAGUCCGUGGAAUAUCAAUACCGAAUCAGACACAUCCAUGAGAUAGUUGAUGAAGCGGAGUGGUCAAAUGUUGAUCCCGAUGAGUUAACGAGUGCCAUCAUUUUGAACAGUGGAAAUUCUAGCAUACAUAUUGAUGUUGUCAUCGACCCUUUAAGUGCUUCAGGGCAAAAACUUGCUCCGCUUCUUCUUCUACUUUGGAAACGUAUACAGCCAAGCAUGAGAAUUGUACUUAAUCCAAUGAGUUCUCUCGUUGAUCUUCCUUUGAAAAACUACUACAGAUUUGUAAUUCCAUCGAUGGAUGAUUUUAGCUCAAUUGAUCAUUCAGUCAAUGGCCCUAAAGCUUUUUUUGCAAACAUGCCAUUGUCCAAAACCCUCACAAUGAAUCUUGAUGUCCCUGAGCCAUGGCUUGUUGAACCAAUCAUUGCAAUACAUGACCUUGACAAUAUACUGCUCGAGAAUCUUGGUGACACAAGGACAUUACUGGCGGUUUUUGAACUUGAAGCGCUUCUUCUAACUGGACACUGUUCUGAGAAGGAUCAUGAUCCACCUCGAGGCCUUCAGUUGAUUCUUGGCACCCGGCAAAUGCCUCACUUAGUGGACACACUUGUCAUGGGUAAUUUGGGUUACUGGCAAAUGAAAGUUUCACCUGGUGUAUGGUACCUUCAACUAGCUCCUGGUAGGAGUGCAGAUCUCUAUGUUAUGAAGAAAAACGAAGGAGAAAAAUCCUCUCUUUCCAAAGAUAUAAUAAUCAAUGAUUUAAGGGGCAAGCUUGUACGCCUAGAAGUAGAGAAACAAAGGGGAAAGGAACAUGUUGAACUAUUAAGCGGCUCUGAUGACCCUCUUAAGAACAAGAAAGAUGAUCAUACUGGUUGGAAUGCUAACCUACUAAAGUGGGCUUCUGGUUUUAUUGCUGGUAAUGGUCUCUCGAGGAAGAGAAAUGAGAAUUCUUCAGAUAACAAGAAGAUUAUAAGACAUGGAGAAACAAUAAAUAUAUUCUCAGUUGCAUCUGGCCAUUUGUAUGAACGCUUUCUUAAAAUCAUGAUACUAAGUGUUCUUAAGAACACUCGAAGGCCAGUGAAGUUUUGGUUCAUCAAGAACUACCUUUCUCCUCAGUUUAAAGACGUAAUACCCCACAUGGCACAGGAAUAUGGAUUUGAGUAUGAACUCAUCACAUACAAGUGGCCUACAUGGUUACAUAAACAGAAAGAGAAACAACGAAUAAUAUGGGCCUACAAAAUCUUAUUUCUUGAUGUAAUUUUUCCGAUUUCUCUGAAGAAGGUAAUAUUUGUCGAUGCUGAUCAAAUUGUAAGAACAGAUAUGGGAAUACUGUAUGACAUGGAUCUGAAAGGGAAGCCCCUUGCUUAUACACCCUUCUGUGACAACAAUAAAGAUAUGGAUGGAUACCGUUUCUGGAGACAAGGUUUUUGGAAGGACCAUUUACGUGGAAGGCCAUAUCAUAUAAGCGCUCUGUAUGUUGUUGAUUUGGUGAAAUUUAGGCAAAUGGCAGCAGGAGACACGCUAAGGGUAUAUUAUGAGACCCUUAGUAAAGACCCAAAUAGCCUUUCCAAUCUUGACCAGGAUUUACCAAACUAUGCUCAGCACACAGUACCGAUAUUUUCCCUUCCUCAAGAAUGGCUUUGGUGUGAAUCUUGGUGCGGAAAUUCGACAAAGUUUAAGGCUAAAACCAUUGAUCUCUGUAACAAUCCAAUGACCAAGGAACCAAAACUCCAGAGUGCUAAAAGAAUAGUUCCAGAGUGGGUUGAUCUUGAUGCUGAGGCAAGACUACUCACAUCAAGAGUAUUAGGGGAAGAGUUGGAGAUUCAACAAAUCCCUUCUUCUACAGACACUGAUAAGAAAGAUGACUUGGAAUCCAAAGCAGAAUUGUGAUUUUUCGAUAUCCGUAUUUUCCGCCCGGUUCUUGAAUUAUAUUUCAAAAGCUUCCUGCUGGAAAUUUUCAAGAGUUAUACAUUUUAUUGUUUAGGCGCAUUAUUUAUUAGGUGCGAAUUCUAGCUCCUAAUUAGGCUCAAAAGCUGUGGCCUUUUUUUGUAAAAUUUUCUUUUUUCUAAUUUUUUGGCCAAUAGAACGCAUAAAUUUUGAAUUUUUAUCACCCAUAAAAAAGUUGCAGGUAUACUAUAGUGAAAUUUAUUACUCUUUUGUUGUAAUUACUGCAUCAGCUGAAAAAAAAAAUGUAUAACUUCUUCGUAGUUGAUACCUUUUUAAGAUUCCUCUCUUAUAACAGUGGCAAAUAAUGAUUUAACU